AUGGACCACGACGAGGAUGAUGAUCUUGUGCCCGACGCACCGCUGCGCACAGUGCGAUCCUUUGACGGCACGCUCAUGGGUCGGCCGCCGCUCGGCUCGGACGACUUGACGCUCCGACGCGACAUUGGUAUUCCGAUGGAAAAGCACGACGAGGAGGACGCCGAGGCAAGGAUCGAAGAAGGCAUGAUGCUAUCGCCUUCCAAGUCGGCGGUCGUCCCGUCGGCCUACAUGGUGCGGCAGGCGCAGAAAGAGCACGUCGUUGGACUCUCGCCCAUCGAAGAGCUCAAGAUCGUCCAAGGCGAGUUCCAAGCGCGGGCUGCGUCCAAGUACCCGCGCAUGAGCCUCACGUCGCGCCUCUCGUCCCGCUUCUCGACGUCACUCAAAGGGAACGCCCCCCGCGUGAAGGAGCGCCUCCACGUGCCCUUUCUCGGUCGGAAACGAACCAUACCCAUGCCACGCGAAUGCGAAAUCUUUCCCGACGCCGAGCUUCGCAAGAUCAAGCAGACACUCCAUAAGGACGUCGAGUCGAUGACACCAGAACAAGCGCUCAAUUUUGUCAACGACGCGGCCAACACCGAGUUCAUUCUGCGCAAACAGGCCGUCAAGUCGCAGACGCGGGCCUUGCCAUGGUUCAUGCUCCACCCGACGGGCAAACUGCGCGUGCGGUGGGACAUUGUGACGCUCUUCUUGCUUAUUUAUACGUCCGUGUACACGCCCAUGGCGCUGGCGUUCACGGCCAACAUUGUACAGUCGGCGUUUUUCCCUACGUUUGAUUGGAUCGUCGACGUCUUCUUUUGUGUCGAUGUGGGACUCAACUUCAUCACGGCCUUUGAAGUAAAAGGUAUCCUCGAGUCGCGCAUACAGCACAUCGUUGCGCAUUACGUUCGGAGCUGGUUUCUUUUGGACGCGGCCAGCGCCUUUCCUUACACGCUCCUACUCGACCACGCGAUUCAGAACCCAUCCAAGCAGCUGCGGCAGCUCUUUCAGCUCGUCAAAGUGCUGCGUGUGACGCGCGCGCGCCGCGCGCUACGGCGACUGGACUAUUCGAUUCUCGUGCGGUCGACGGUUAGCAGCCUCAUCAAGUUCUUCAUCCUCGUCAUGGUCACCUCGCACUGGUUCAGCUGCUUCUUCUUUGGCAUGUCGAACGGCGUCGACACUGGCUGGGUCGCCAAACAAGAUCUAAACGCGUCCUCGCUCUACGCGCAAUAUGUUAGCUCGUUUUACUGGUCCAUCAUGACCAUGACCACAGUCGGCUACGGCGACGUGACGGGCCAAAACACCGACGAGCGCCUCUUCAGCAUCUUUGCCAUGAUCAACGGCGCUUGGAUCUUCGCUUACGGCAUUACUAACGUUGUCGCAAUGGUGUCGAAUCUCAACAGCACCGACACGCAAUUUCAGCAGAAAAUGGAUCGCAUCAACGCCUACAUGGAGGCGCGCGACUUGCCGUUGGAGCUACGCUCGGAGAUUCGCGAGUUCUUUUUCAAUACGCGCCUCAGUGCCGACAGCAGGCUGCGCAACGAGAGCAAGAUCCUCGGCGAGCUCUCAGCGCUGCUUCGCUCCAAGAUUGCGCUCGCCGUCAACGACAGCGUCCUCAACAAGAUGCCAUUUUUUGAAGGCGCGGACCACAACUUUCUCAUGGAGCUCGCGCUCUCGAUGAAGAUGGUGUGCUUCCCGCCCAACGAAGACGUGAUCAUCGAAGGCGAGAUUGGCGAAGAAAUGUUCUUCAUCUUUCGUGGCGCCGUCGAGGUCGUGCAAGGGGGGCGGCAGAUUGCAGUCCUUGGCGAGCAGCAGUACUUUGGCGAAAUGGCCAUUUUGAACCGUAACUGCCUGCGCAUUGCGACCGUCGUCACACUCUGCUUUUGCGAACUCCGGAUGCUGACGCGGGAAAAGUUUCUCUUGGCGCUCACGCACUACCCGAGCAUGCGUCACCGCAUCGCCAAAUUCGUCCACAAGCGCAAUCAAAUGACCAAAAUGGCCAAGGCGAACGGAGACGGCAACCCAUCGAUGAACCGAAUGCGGUCGCACUCGCGCCUCGAUCGCGCCGUCUCGGUAUUUAUGGACAAGUCCACAACCUCACUCAAGGCUGUGGCACCGGCACCCCCCGACGAACACGGUGCGACCACCUUAUAUAAAUGGGACUAG